AUGGUCGGCUCACACGCGGACAUGGCGCCCGCCUCCACCUCCGAGGGCGCUGGCGACAAGCCUGGCCCCGCUGCCCCAGCCCCGGUGGCGCAGUACGAGUGUGGCGAGUGCGGCAAGGCCUUCCGCUGGUCUUCACGGCUCCUGCACCACCAGAGAACACACACAGGCGAGCGGCCUUACAAGUGCCCCGACUGCCCCAAGGCCUUCAAGGGCUCCUCAGCCCUCCUCUACCACCAACGUGGUCACACGGGAGAGCGGCCCUAUCAGUGCCCUGACUGCCCCAAGGCCUUCAAACGCUCAUCGCUCCUGCAGAUCCACCGCAGUGUGCACACCGGCCUGCGGGCCUUCACCUGCGGCCAGUGUGGCCUGGCUUUCAAGUGGUCUUCCCACUACCAGUACCACCUGCGCCAGCACACGGGCGAGCGGCCCUACCUGUGCCUGGACUGCCCCAAGGCCUUCAAAAAUUCAUCUAGCCUGCGGCGCCACCGGCACGUGCACACGGGCGAGCGGCCCUACACUUGUGGCGUGUGCGGCAAGAGCUUCACGCAGAGCACCAACCUGCGGCAGCAUCAGCGCGUGCACACCGGCGAGCGGCCCUUCCGCUGCGCGCUCUGCCCCAAGACCUUCACGCACUCCUCCAACUUGCUACUGCACCAGCGGACGCACGGGGCCGCGGUCACCGCAGCCCCGGCCGCCCCCGCCCCCCAGCACCAAUGUGAGCCCUGCGGGAAAGUCUUUGUCUCCGAUGCCUACCUACAGCGUCACCUACAGUCCCACGGCCCAACAGGGCCCCCGCCGGCUCCUGCGCCCCCACCGGUAGUCCCUGAGCUCUUCCUAGCUGCUGCUGAGACCACGGUGGAGCUGGUAUUCCGCUGUGACGGCUGCGAGCUGGGCUUCGGCAGCGAGGAGCUAUUGGUGCAGCACCAGCCAUGUCCCGGGCCUGAGACGGUGCCCCCAACCUCUUCUACCCCCCAGCCUGACCCCCCGCCGCCUCCGGAGCUGGCCCCGCCCUCACCCCUGCCAUCCCCACCGUCCCCCACACCUCCCACUACAGCCGCGGCCCCGGGCUUUGCCUGCCUGCCCUGCGGCAAGUCUUUCCGGACGGGAGCGGGCCUCUCGCGCCACCAGCACAGCCAUGGUGCAGCUGGUGGCCAGGCCUUCCGCUGCGGCAGCUGUGACGGGGCCUUCCCGCAGCUGGCUAGCCUCCUGGCGCACCAGCAGUGCCACGUGGAGGAGGCAGCGGCUGGGCGCCCGCCCCCACAAGCUGAGGCAGCCGAGGUCACUUGCCCACAGGAGCCUGUACCACCACCGCCACCCCCUACCCCCGCCGCCGCCUCCACCGAGCGGCCUUACAAGUGCGGCGAGUGCGGCAAGGCCUUCAAGGGCUCAUCUGGCCUUCGUUACCACCUGCGGGACCACACUGGCGAGCGGCCCUACCAGUGCGGCGAGUGCGGCAAGGCCUUCAAACGCUCAUCGCUGCUAGCCAUCCACCAGCGUGUGCACACGGGCCUCCGCGCCUUCACCUGCGGCCAGUGUGGCCUCACCUUCAAGUGGUCCUCACACUACCAGUACCACCUGCGGCUGCACUCCGGGGAACGGCCCUACGCCUGCAGCGAGUGCGGAAAAGCCUUCCGCAACACUUCGUGCCUGCGGAGACAUAGGCACGUUCACACAGGGGAACGGCCUCACGCAUGUGGCGUGUGCGGCAAGAGCUUCGCGCAGACCUCCAACCUGCGGCAGCAUCAGCGUGUGCACACGGGCGAGCGACCCUUCCGCUGUGCGCUCUGCCCCAAGACCUUCACGCACUCCUCCAACUUGCUGCUACACCAGCGCACGCACUCUGCUGAGCGCCCCUUUACCUGCCCCAUCUGUGGCCGUGGCUUCGUCAUGGCCGCAUACCUGCAGCGCCACCUGAGGACGCACGCCCCCGCCAACUCAGCUGCCGGCCCUGCUGGUCCCCAGGCUCCGGCCCCUCUGGCUGCCGCGCCGGUCCCACCUGCUACCCAAGAUGUCCACGUCCUUCCGCACCUGCAGGCCACGCUUUCCUUGGAGGUGGCCGGGGGCACAGGCCAGGCCCCACCCCUGGGCCCUGCAGCCCCCAACUCCCAGACUUUCCUUUUGCUGCAGACGGCCCAGGGCCUCCAGCUGAUCCCCAGCAGUGUCCAGUCCCCCACUCCACCUCCCCCACCCGUGCCCCCAAAACUCAUCCUGCUGCCUCCCCCCAGUGCUAGCGGAGGUUGUGGCAGGGCAAGGCAGGGCCCACAGGCCGUGGGGAAGAUUAGACAGGCGCCUGGUGUAGUCUGGUUGCCGGGACCUGGGGGUCUGAGGAUGCAGGGAGGGGAUGGCUCUGGGGCCAGUGGGGCAGGGCAGAGCCUCAUAGUUUUGCAGAAUGUGGGGGCUGGAGAUACAGGGACACAGGAAGUGAGUGGUGUUCAGUUGCAGCCCCUUCGGUCUGCCCAGGAACUGCAACCGGCACAGGAAGUGACCACCGUCCAGCUGCAACCGGCACAGGAAGUGACCACCGUCCAGCUGCAACCGGCCCAGGAAGUGACCACAGUCCAGCUACAGCCGGCCCAGGAAGUGACCACAGUCCAGCUGCAGCCCGUGACGAGCCAGCUGUCUGGUCCCAGUGGGGGCAGUGUGACUACUGAGGCCCCAACUAACCUGCUGGUGGUUCAGAGUGGGACAGGAGAGGAACUGCUCCCGGGCCCUGGCCAGGGAGAGGCGGGGGACGGCGAGGCCAGCGCCGGCGUGGUCCAGGACGUGCACUUUGAGACGUUGCAGACGGACGAGGGGCUGCAGAGCGUCCUGGUGCUCAGCGGGGUGGAUGGCGAGCAGACACGCUUGUGCGUACAGGAGGUGGAGACCCUCCCUGCUGGGUUGGCAGAGCCUCCUGCCCCUGGCCCACCUGGACAGAAACUUCUCAUCAUCCGCAGUGCCCCGACCACGGAGCUUCUAGAGACGGGCAGUGUCGGGGCUGGCAGUGCCACGUUGCAGCUCUUGGCCCCACCUGUGGCUGGACCGGCCUCUGCCCCUGGAGGUUUCCCCACAGCACCCACCCCCCAGAUGGUCCAGGUGGUCCCAGCCAGUGUGGGGGCCGGGGCCCAGCAAGGCCUGCCCUCCAUCCAGAUCGUGCAGACUCUGCCCACGGUCCAGCUGGUGCACACGUUCUGA